CAUCUUGUAUCAUUAUCUGCUCAUAGCGAAGGGACAGGCCUGUCCUUGUCAGAAAAGGACCUUUACAAACCGAAGAUUUAUAUAUAAACCCUUCUACAUUCUCAGGUUCUGUUGUAUCAUCAGCAACCACUCUCACUGAAACAUCAUCACACAACCCCAAGAUUCAAACAGUUCACUUUUGAAAAACACUCGUUCAAUAUGAAGUUCUCCAUUCUCUCCGCCAUCAUUGGCCUCUGUGCCGUCACCAGCGUCACUGGGUCGCCAGUGGCCUCAUCCGAGCUCAUCGCCGCUCGCAUGGACAACGGUCUUGAAACCCGUACCCCUUCGCUCGAGCCUUUCUCCGCUAGGGAUACUGUCCCUGAGCCUGACGCCUCCUCUCUCGAUCUUACCACUCAUGGCACUCACGAUGUCGCCAAGAGGGAUCUCUUCAGCGAUUUCAAAGUCCACCUCGUCACCUCUACCGGCAGAGUUAUCGCUAUUGUCGCCAUCAACUACGUCAUCCACGAGUUGGCUGGCGUAAUGGACGAGAAUUUGACUGCCACCUACGGCAAACUUACCAACGUUCCGACCAACGGAGGAAUUGUUGCUGCGAAAUUCGACAACCCGACCCUUUUCGGCUCCGCCCAGAGUGCCACCUUCAGCUUUUUUACUAAGGCUGUCUCUGGUCAUCUCGACCUCUCCAUGGACGCUGCUGGUAACAUGGUGGGUGUAAAGGGAAGUACGGGCAUUCACUUGGGUAACUUGGUCGUUGCAAAGGCUCUGCACGUCUUCGACACCAACAGGAAACGCAUUGGCGUUAUCAAUCUUUAGGACGGCACUACCUUCAUCCUUGGCUCCCUGCUGUCUUGUCAUCCCUGGGCUAGGUUUUUUAUUACCUUGAUUUUUCCUACCUUUAAAAUGCAAAUGCGGGGAAAACUUAGUACUAGUAUAGCUUAGGUUGUUUUCCUAUUCCUUAAAAUGUAAUUGUUGAAUCCAAACAACGUGC